GUGUCGAAUGCAUUGUUGAUUUACCAAAACCAAAGAACCACUGGGAACCUGUUUUUGGCACCUGUGUCUUCCUCUUCUCCUUCCUCAUCCCCGUGGCCAUCAUCAGCAUCUGCUACAGUCUGAUGGUCAAGCGUCUGCGAAACGUUCGCAUUCUUUCUGGUUCCAAGGAAAAGGAUCGCAACCUGCGGCGCAUCACCAGGAUGGUCCUGGUUGUCGUUGCAGCAUUCGUUGUUUGCUGGACCCCCAUCCAGAUCAUGGUCUUGGCUCAGUCCUUGGGCUUCAACCUGAGCAGCUUGUACACGCUGGUGAUGACGCAUUUCUUCAUCGCUCUGGGGUAUGUCAACAGCAGCCUGAAUCCAGUACUCUACGCCUUCCUGGAUGAAAACUUUAAGCGCUGCUUCCGUGAGUUCUGCCAGCCCUCUCCAUUCCGCCUCGACACUCAGCAGUCGGGUAGAAUGAGGAGCAUCGCCAGGGAGGUGGCCGCCGCCUACAGCUACAAGGCUGGAGAUGGUGGCGGACUUGGGGGUGGGACGCCUAAUCCAGCAUGACUAGGCGUGGAGCUGCCUCUGGUGGGGGUAGACCCCCCCCAGAGGGAAGAGACCCAUGGGACAGGAAAUUCCAACACAGAAUUAACUCAGAUUACAGCUCUCUAGCGGCACGAGCCCUCCCGCCCCCCAACUAGGAGACUGGCCUGGGGCGGGGGGGAUGGAGAUGAGAGUGAUGGGGUUGAAAGGAAAAGAAUUUGAGAGUAGAGCGAAUGCUGUGUUUUACAGUGAGAGGCGCCUGAUUUGGUCACAGUUCAACCCCAAGUCUGGACUGCCACUGCCACGCCUUUAACAAACGGAAACAAGAAGUUUGAUUUCCAAACCAAAAGUUGAUGAACUGAAGUAAAACCCUAAGAAAACCUCUUCAGGGUUUACGGUUGUCUCUGAAGUGUUGUGCCAUGUGACUUUGGUUGUAGAUCCAAAGUAAGAGCCUCAGGAGCUGAAUGAGGUUCUGCCAAACGAGCCUGCUGUACAGUUGCUGCACCUCCAGCCUGGGACUGAACUUACCGUCGGUAAGGUGUAGCAGCUAAAUAUACUGAAGCUGUAGAACACCUCUGCCACCCAUUAUGGUCUACAACAUGCUGCUCAUCUCUUCUUGUAACAUGAAAGUCCUACACAACAUUUCUGACAGAGGAGGCGGGGUUACAGGUCAGCUAAAGCCCGGUCCACACGGCAGGAUGUUAAAAUUGUCGGCCCGUUUCUAAAACACGAGACCACAUGUGGUGAUGAAAUAAUCGCAUGUGCCAGUUUUGUCCUGCAGUGUGUGGUGUGUGCAUCCACGGCGAAAACGACUGCAUGGGUUUCAGCCAUGGGCGUUUCCCAGCCAGACAGGAUAUCCCAGGAAGAAAUCCGAAUAUUGGAGCAGCACGAGGAGGCGUGGGCUGCGUGCUUCCGUCACCUCGCUUUCUGAUUGGCUACGUGUCACGUUAAACUGGCAGCUCGCUUGUGUGUCUCCAAAAAUCAGACGAAGUCAUUCCAAGAUGGCUGACACCCUAGCUUUAUGAUCGGAGCAGUCGGUCCCGGUGUGUUUCCGAGCUGACCAGAGAACUCUUCACAGGGCAGGAUUAUCGGAUAGGAUUAGAGUAAUUCUGCUGCAUGAACCGGGCUGAACUGAUUCUGGUUAGAUAAAUGGUCUACAAAGAUUCCGGUCUGGUCCUGGUAACUCGGGUCAAACACCACCGUCUACUCUCCAAAGGCUGUCUUUAACAACAGUCGGUGCUUCUGAAUGCUGCUUAUUGAUGCCUGAUUGCUGCCGUGAUCGGGAGUUGCAGCCAGCAGGCGAUGUUAAAGGAGCAGCCAGUGUUUGGAAACAACGGCGUUGGUGGCGCCGCCAUGGGCUGCUCUGACCUGCUGCUGAUGAAAACCACAGGAAGAUCAUCUUCCUGCUAAUCCGACUUCUUCAUGCUGAAGCAAAUAUUUGGUCUCAAACUCAGCAGAGUAAAAGUGAACAAAUGGAAAACCAAACAACAUUUUCAUUGGUAGCUUUCCUCCAGACCAGCAGAGUCUGUCGUCUCACACAGAUAUUAGACCAGAGAUUAGGUCACCCACAGAACGCCCAGUGGGACGCGACCAGGUCCAUUAGGAUCAGGAGCCACGUCCGAUACUAGGGACUGAAUCAUCCAUAGCAUACUGUGUUAGAGAGGGAUUAAAAUCAAAGUGAACAGUUUUGAGAUUAUCCUUAAUCUGUGUGGAUGACAGCAAGUCGGUGGAUUUGAGAACACCAAAGGCCGUGAAAGCGUGUCCUCGGACCGCUCAGAGAGGCUUUGUGACAAAGAAGAACGUCUUCAUGUCCACCUGUGGAGCUGCUGUAGAUACGAGGUCAGCAGAAGCUGAACAGAGACCGAGUCUGCUGUUUAGAUGUAGUAUAAGUACAAGUACAAGUACAAGUACAAGUACAAGUACAAGUACAAUUUAUUCCCUCCAUACUGAGCCAACCUUCCGACUUUUACUUUUUCAUUUUAUUCUCAUUCCUUUUUUUUCUUGGCCAAAUUUUUAAUUCUCCCCAUUUUUUUAUUACGAUCUUCAUAAAAAUAAUUUUAUUUUUUAUUUCCUUGUGAUUUUUAUUUUGAGAGGUGCUAUAAAAACUAGCCUUGUGGUUUAUUGUAAAACACGUGAAGUUCUCUGCAGUUAGUGUUAAUGCUCUUAAAAGGUUUUCAUAAUCAUCAUAGAUAAUAUUAUCUUACUAGGCGCUGAUCACCUCCUGAACAGCCUCCGUUAGAAGAAAUAGAGUUUGGGUCUGAUGAGUUAACUUGGCCCAGGCCAAGGCUGCCAUCUUGAAACUCCUAUUGCUUAAAUCUAAUUGGUUUGAAUGAUUUUAUAACUGUGUACAACAUCAUUGUCACAUUGUGCAGUUAUGUAAUCACACCUGACGCCUACAGGCACCAGAGGCUCGUGUGGAUCUAUGCUUUAACUUUGUGAGCUUCAGCGGUUUUGAACAGCUUUGGGACAACGGCUAUAAAGCAUGGUCUGGACUGAGCUGAGGCCAGCGGUUAGCUGGAUCAUCAUGUUCAGCGCGGUGGGAUGUCUUGAUUGCUGGUGGGAAGGCGUUCUAUAAAUAAAAUGAAUGAAUGUCAGCUCAUCAGUCCUACAGGAAGUUAAGUAUUUCUCAGAGCAGAGGCUGUCCAGGAAGCUGUCGACAGAGAAGCUUAGACUUUUACGCAGAAGCAAACCUCAGAAUGGCCACAUUUUCCCUUUGAGCUGUUGACAAAUGAAUGAAUGAGUUGAUUGUUUAAAAGAUGGCGACACCUUGGUUCAGAGCAAAGAUCUGAAUGAAAAAUCAUGGAGGAUUUAAAAGGAAUUACUCUUCUACCCUAACCCCAAAAUUCCACUAUCUCCGCUCCGCUCCGGCACGAACUCCGCAGCAAAAACGGUCCCGUUGUUGUCAAUCAGAGCUGUUCCACUACUGCGGCCGUGCGGCGCCGCCCGCCGUUCCGUUCCGGAGCACCUCCGCAGUAAAUGGACAGAAAUCACAACCGCCCAACAGGAAAAGGAGCGAGCACAACUUCCGUUUUUCACAAUAAAUCGAUAAACAAAAGGUGUUUUUUGUUUCAUAUGCACAGGUUUAACAACUUUUAACAACUAUCAAUGGCGGCUGAAGUUUAAAUGCACAAAAGUAAGCCAUAAAUACAGUUUCUACUAUCAAAGUAGUCACACUUUGUUGAUCCAAACACUGCUGAUCUCUCAACACAAAUGAUGGGCAGAUUAAACAGUUCAUGUCGAUGCUUCUCCCACACAACGGUGUUUGGAUCUAACUUCCGCGUUUAUUGCUCGGACUGUAUCGCAAGAUCUCGAAAAUCCUGCUCAUGCCUGUUUGCCCCCCUCAGGUCUCCGCACCGGAGCGGAGCCGUUGUAGAGCGGGUACCAGUAUAAUUUGAGUUCGAAAGCGAGCGGCUGCGGAGGGCGGGGGCGGAGCGGAGAUAGUAGAAGGGUAAAGUCCUUUGUGGUGUGGGGUUGUACAUUUCUGACCUACACAGUGGAACCUGUCAAAAUACCUGUUUACAUAGAAACCAUCUUUAUACUUGAUGAAAAAAUACACAUUGUUGUGAUUGUUGAACUUUUUUCGUAGAUGUCACAAAAGCCUUCACCCUGCUCCUGCCGACAGCAGCCUCUGCUGGUUUGUACGGUCUGGACUCUGGAAGCAGAAACGAGUGGGAGGAUGAAGCCGUGAAACAUCCUUUUUAAAACGGAGAGCUUCUCUUCAUGUCACUGGCACCAGCUAGGCAUUCAGAUCCAAGCAGAGCAACACAUCUGGUUGGUCUGUAGUUCUGGGUUUCCAGAUGUGUCACUUGGCACUGCCACAAAGUUCUGGAGAUACUCUGGACUGAUGCGUCUAGAUGUUGCUGCGGGAGCAGCUGUGAAACGCUGAACCAAGGUGACACUGACGAGUCACAAGGUUCUUGGGACAAAGGGGCUUUUUCUACCUCAUCUAAAUGCUGAAACCAGCCUCACAUCAGAUCACAUCCCAUAAUCAGGACAGUCGCAUGACUCUGAAUGGGUUCAGAAACUAACCGCUGACGUUUUGGGACACAUUUGGUGUUUUUAACCAGCAACCAUGAGGAAUGAGUCGUGUAAAGCCUGAUUUCCACUUCUGCGUGAGCUCCACAACACAGACUCACACGGCGUGUCGGAAGGGUUUCACAUGCGAACUUCUGUUCAGGCAGCAAAGCAAUUCCCCUCCAGGACAACAGGGGGCGUAGCGCUGCUCCGUGGUAUCCUGCCACCAUAACACUCGGGUGUCGGUCCCUGCUAGAUGUGUUUACGUGUUUCAGAGACUUCAUAACAACUUUGUCCUUCCUGCUCCUCCACCUUCAUGCGGUCGUCACCUCCAAACCCACGUUUCCCGUCAUGUCCCUCCACGUUUGCUCCGUAUGCUUUUUCGGCGACGCGUUCUUCAGUUUGUUUCGUGUCUGCCACUAAAUAUCUUUUUACUUUUUACUGUGGCAAUGGCGGUGCUGGUGACAAAGAUGCAGGAAGCAGCGUCCUGACCAAUCACAAGCUUGCGUUCUCCGUCACUUUCUACAGAUGUCUAAAAUUUUGGGCAUGUCUCCGUCACCCUCUGUGAGCCUGUCGGAGAGCCCUUACGCCGAGCCGACGCAGAAGUAUGAAUCAGGUUUUCUCGUCUUCCUCUGAGAAACACUUUAGUUCAAUCCUUAACUUAUUUCUGACGAUUCGAUUCUCGAAUCCCACUCUGUUCCUCUAAGGCCCUGUCCACACGUAGCCGGGGAUCUGCCAAAACGUAGAUAUUUUUCUACGUUUUGGCCUGUCAUCCACACGAAAACAGAGUUUUUUCACACGAAAACGGAUCUUUUUAAAAACUCCGGCCAAAGUGAAGAUCUGCGUUUUCUCCGUUUUGGGCGUCUGCGUGUGGACGGACAAAAGCGGAGUUUUAAGGUCCGCAACGUCACUUUCCGCGACAAAAAAUCGCUGACAUCACGUGUGCGACCUGUGUUUACACUAGCCGACAGCAUGGACGCCCUCAGAGCUGCGCUCGCUUUAUCAAUUGUCCAAGCGCUUUCUGCUUGUUUGUUUUUGCAAGAGGAAUUACUGCUCCUUGCGGAAGACCACAGAUGAAGGACGAGGUUAAGAACGGGGGAAGUACUGCCCCCUACAGGUCUGGCAUGUCCUUAACAACGUAUUUAUCCGGGUACGUGUGGACAGUUUAUUUUUAAACGAGGUGGUGUGGAUGCAAGUUUUUGGAGGGGCGGGUAUUCGUUUUUAAAAAGACCCGGCUACAUGUGGACUAGGCCUAAAUUGUGUUUCUAAAUGAGUUUUUUUGCCAGGUCUGAUUGGUUGCUGUAGCUGUAGCUCUGAGGUGGGGGUAGGGUGAGGAACAGCUGGCUUCAGUCUCCAUGACAGUUUCAGGCUUUAGGAAGUUCACGCCAUGAUGUAAGGCUGGUUUCUUCUUUAGUGUCUGCGUGUUUCUGUGUAAUUAUCUCUCCGUGUGAUCUGUCGCUACUUUGGCCUAAAAGCACCAGUUUGCGUCUCCGGUGCUUGAACAGAAUGGAUGCUGGGACGGACGUGGUUCGCUCACAGCUGAGUCACUAUUUGUUGUUUUUUCUUGUUUAUCCAAACCUUUUCUUUCUUCUUGCUGCUGCCGUUUGAUGCAGGUGUUGAUCGUUUUCCUUCCAUGAACUUACAUUGCCUUAAAUAUGAAGUGAAGUUCGUUACUGAAGCUCUGAAUGUUUUAUAACUUGAACUCCUGAAGGCUCUGAGAACAGCCAGACAGGCCAAAGCGGCACUAAAGCUGAAGGAACAUCUUAAAUAAACCAAAAACCCGUCACAUACCAUAAUAAAAGAUUAGUUUCUUUUCCAUCAUGUAGUCCAGGUGUCUGCAGAUACUUUACAACAUCCAUACAACGCAGUGAGCUAAAGUAAAGAAUACUGAAACUGCUAACAACUGGAUGCUAUUUUAACGUCCGUUUCUUCUGACAUAAACUCCAAUAAACUCGGUGUUUCUUCCCGUCGUAAUGUUUGGACCUGAAAACUAGAAUCACUUGAAUAGGAGGACAUUGUUCCUGUAGCAGUGAGCUCUGAGACCUACAGAGGACGUGGAUUUUGUUUAUCAAGCAUCGUUUCACACGUUAAAGUCACAAAGUACUUCAAACAUCAACAUCAGAAUGAAAUAAGUCAAAGCUAGGUCUAAAAGGUUAGGGUAGCUGAUGAAGGUUAGGGUUAGGGUCCUACACCGGCUAAACCGAACUGGUGCCACUGCAUCAGGUCUGCAGACUUGUGCCGUCCUUCGCAGCAGCUGCGUGUUCCUGCUGAUCACAUCUGUCUGUUCUCAGAGAGUUGGAGGAGAACGGGUCGGCUCUAACUCUAGACUUCCUGCCGGAAACCCGUCUGGGCCCAGCGUCUCUGUAUGAAGACGGGUUGCAUCCCAGCUGUUGAACCUGAAGCAGCAGCGUUUCCUGUUGGUGAUUCUUCUCGUGAUGGGUUUGAAGUCCCUCUGCUGAGGGCGUCUGCUGCCUGUCGCCUCUGUACAGAACAUUUAAACAGAAUAUUUUAAGUGAAAGUAAGAAACCACUUCACGUGUCAGACUAUCGCUCUCGUCGUUGUUGGUGUAAAAGUAAAAACUGCUUCCCUAUCCUUAGAUAUCGUUGCUGCAUCCCCGGAGGACUGUGGAUUUCAUUUGUUUACAUCUUACAGACCACAUGAAUGUCGAACAAAAGAACUGUUCAAUGUUGUUUUAAAGAAAAACUAUAUUAUUGUUGUUAGUAUUCUUACCAAAAAAGGAAAACAAGCAGUGUUUCUGUUAGUUGUGUUCUUUCUACGGUGUGGGAAACUGUUGGUAUUUAUUAGCGUGUUAUUGUGGACUGCAUCUAGCUCACAGUCUGAGUCAUGAAUUUAUACAAUUCUUCUAUUUGAUUAAUAGUAAAUAAAUAAUGUAUGUGCUGUUUUAAACUAAUAAAAAAAACUUUGAUGGGAGUCCUGCAGCGCCCGGCUGCAGCCACAGCUAAACUGGGAUGGUCUGGUGAAACCGCCACAUCUCUCAGUGCACCGACUACUCCGUUCUUUAGUUAAAACCCGAAACACACGAGGACUAAAACCAGUUGCUUUAUUUAUGCUGUCAGAAAGAGGUGUGCAGUUAAAACGUGUGUAUUUUAGUGAAUAGCUGCAGUGUGCUAGCUGUGUUAAACAUCCUGGGAGGCUGCGUCCUCAAAAGGAAUUCGGCUUCAGCCAUAACCUGCUUUUAUUCUGAAAGUUUUACAUUUGGUUCGUAUUUUAAGGAUCUGUUUUACUUUUGUUCUCGUGUUUAUGAGGCCGUACUAAUCUGAGAAACUCGGGUGGUUAGUCACGUAAAGAACAGUUUCUCUGUAAAACAGAUUAAAUGGUUUCAACUCACAACGGACAUCACUAGCAGAAAGGCGACCAACAGAACAGUCUGAGCUGUUGUCAGUGGCUCAUUUUGGUCACCAUGGUAACCACACACCCAUCUCUCCCACCACUGAGGAAGAGAUGUGGUCAGAAGCGCACUGAGCUUCAGCCUUCAGACUUAGUGUUUUAUGGAGGAGGCGUGGCUAGCUAGAGCCUUUCUUUCCAGCGGAGAUGAACGAAUAAUUAGCUUUGAUGAAAUUACAGCAGGUGGGAGCGGCUGAAACCAUCGGUCCUCUAGCAGAGAGAGAUGCUGUGGAUGAAACAGAGUAAAUAAAUAGUUCAUUUGCAAAAGUAGAUCAAAGUCGGACUGAUGUCCUCUAAAGUAAAUAACAAAAAAAUGACAAAAACUGAGUUAUUUGUGUUUGCAAAUGAACGUUUCAACCACACCUACCCCUUGUGGCCAAACUGUGGAGGAACAGGAAGGUUUGAGUGUGUGAGGAGGGAUGGACCGGACCGUAAGUGUUCGCCAACAUGGUUUACUUUGAGUUUAGCUGCAUCACAUGACUCAGGCUCUGCAGCUUCAUCGGAGAACUUGCUCCUGCUCUGAAUAAACCAGGAUGGACAUCUGUAUUAGCCAGCUUGUAACCUUUGCAUAAAGAGAUUUUCUUGAAGCUUGAAAUGAAAACUGUAUAUUUUUCUCUGCUUAUGAAAUUAAUAAAGAAAGAAACAUCA